CUCAGAACGAGGCGAAAGAGGAAAUGGCGCCGACCAAGAGUUUCUUCAGCAGACAGCGUUUGACGCUGCUUUGAUAGAGCAUCGUUGCGGGCUACGCGAGCGAUCGAUCACCUCAGGCUUCCUUCGAGAAGUCUCUGUCGACACGCGGUGAAAGGAAGGUGGGCCGACGACUGAGCAAGAGUCUCGCCUAGCAUUGUUCCUCAAUCAGCAUCUCACGAGCUGAAAUCAGAACUAGAAAAGUGCUCAAGAAACUACCACAUACAGAAGUACAACCUCAUAGCGCAGAACUACGACGUCAAUCAAGGCACCUUCUUGAACCAGUGAAGCGCAACGAAUCUGCUAGACAUUGGUUAGUGUGUCGAAGGCCCCUCGAUGACGAGUCAAGGUGAUCACCUUUCUUCGUCGCGGCUCGGUUCCCCCGCAGGUAACGGUGGUACAGUGGCCCACACUGGCAUGACGCGGCCGAGCAGCGGCAUGUCUGGGGGAAUGAUGAAUGGGAUGAUAAGCAACAAUGGGAUGCUAGGUUGUGCAACCUCUUCUUCGCAUCCGUCACCAGGUUCUAUGCUAGGUGACCGAC